AUAUCUUCCACUUCCCCUAUUAAUAAACCCUCCUUAAACCCACGAGAACGACAGUAGAAACAGAAAACCAUCUCUCCACACAUCGCAGAAGAAUUCUGGUCUAAAAUGGCUGCAUCAAUUGUGCUUAGAAGAGCCAACCCCUCGAGCCUUUUGUCCAAGAUUAGUAACCCUGUUCGCUAUGCGUCUGUUUCUCCCUCUGUAUAUCGAUCCUUCAACACCAAUUCUCAGGUGACCAGCGUAGAUGACAGUGACCGAUGUGUAGAUGUUGAGCGCCGCCCUUACUCUGAUCGGCCUGUCUCUCGCCGCCGCGAUACCUCUCCCAGCUUUUUCCCAGGUAGUUUUACAGACGUGCUGGAUCCAUUUUCCCCGACAAGGACUCUGAGUCAGGUCCUGAAUAUGAUGGAUCAAUUAAUGGAGAACCCCUUCACCGGCCCAUCUCGCAGUGUUGGAGGCGGAUCCAUGCGAGGCUGGGACGUAAAGGAAGACGAGAACGCCCUCCACAUUCGAAUAGACAUGCCUGGAUUAAGCAAGGAGGACGUAAAAGUGGCUGUUGAGCAGAACACUCUGAUAAUCAAAGGAGAGGGAGGCAGAGAAGCAGAAGAUGAAGAGAGUGGGAGGAGAUACUCAAGCAGGCUGGAUCUACCACUGAAUGUGUACAAAACCGAUGAAAUAAAAGCAGAAAUGAAGAAUGGAGUGUUGAAGGUUGUGGUGCCGAAAGUGAAAGAAGCGGCGAGGAAGGAUGUUCGUGAGGUCAAGGUCGAGUAAAUGUUUUACUGAGUGAAUCUUGCGGAGAGACUGCAACUCUGCAAGAGAUUUUAUGUAUUUUUUUUUUCCUUUUUUAGUUUGUUUGAUGUGAGGCCCAGAGUUGUAGCAUGUUUUAGCUAUGAGUCUUAUGAGUUAUGAGAAUAAAUAAAAUGGAACACUUUUUUG